UCAAGGAAAUAAUAUAUCGGUGAUAUUCAAAACAGACUUUGAGGAUAUGGCAACGCUCCACGUUUUGUUGCUAUCUAACAAUCAAAUUCACACCAUCGAGAGAGGGGCUUUUCAAGAUUUGGUGGCAGUGGAAAAGCUACGUCUAAAUAACAAUCAAAUACGCCACUUGCCCGAUCUUCUCUUUAGCAAUAUGAUGAACUUAAAACGCCUAGACCUCAGUCACAAUCAGAUUGCCACUAUAGGACCAAAGACGCUCAGAGGAGUGUCCGCUCUUAGACAUUUAUUACUUGACAACAACGUACUGACCUGCGUGGACGAAGCUUCGAUACGAGAAUUGAAAGAUUUAGAAAUAUUAAUGUUAAACAACAACAAACUCGUAACGCUCGGCAAGGAGAUGCUGAACGGUUUGUCGCAUUUGCGAACUUUGAAGCUUGCGGACAACGCUCUCGCUUGCGAUUGCCAUUUAGCAUGGCUAUCGCGUCAUUUGAGGAGUUAUCCUCGCCUAGGGCAACACACACGAUGUGCAUCUCCGGCUCAUCUCAAGGACCGCAAUCUCGCCGAUCUACAGGAGCACGAAUUCAAGUGUUCAGGCCUGGUUGAGCGAACGGGAUCGGAAUGCAGCGCUGAACCUCAGUGCCCGCAUCCUUGUAAAUGCGCUGAUGGGAUCGUCGAUUGCAGGGAGAACUCCUUGACGAAAGUGCCAACCCACCUUCCCGAGGAUACCACUGAGUUACGAUUGGAACAGAAUGGCAUUACGGAAAUUCCACCAAAGGCUUUCUCACCGUAUAGAAAAUUGCGAAGAAUUGACCUGAGUAACAACCAGAUAAAAAAAGUAGCGGCGGACGCUUUUCACGGUUUAAAGUCACUCGAAUCUCUAGUUUUGUACGGCAACAAAAUCACAGAGCUACCGGCUGGUCUUUUCCAAGGCUUGACAAAUUUGCAAUUGUUGUUGCUGAAUGCCAAUGAGAUAUCAUGCAUACGAACAGACCUGUUCAAAGACUUAACCAGUCUCACCUUGUUGUCUCUAUACGAUAACAACAUACGUUCAUUAGCUAAUGGGACUUUUGCCAAUCUGCGAAGCAUUAAAACAUUGUUCGUAUUAUCAAUGAAAAAAUUUUUUACGGACAUUUACACUAGCAUACACUUGGCGAGGAAUCCAUUCAUCUGCGAUUGCAAUUUACGAUGGCUGAGCGCGUAUCUUCACGCGCACCCUAUAGAGACAUCCGGCGCUAAAUGCGAAACGCCAAAAAGAGCGCAGAAACGGAAGAUCGAUUCGAUGCGGGACGACAAGUUCAAAUGUAAGGGUGACGAGGAGCUGUUAACAAAAAGGGCCGGCGAGUGUAUUCUGCCUGGUGCCUGUCCCGCGCCCUGUACGUGCAAUGGUGCAACGGUUGAUUGCUCUAACAAGAGAUUAACUGCGAUACCGAAGGAUCUGCCGCUUUAUACAUCGACUCUACUGUUGAGCAACAAUGAACUGGACAAGAUCAAAGCGGAUGGUCUCUUCGAGAAGCUGCCGGAGUUGCAGCAUCUGGAUCUCAGGAAGAAUAAAAUCUCUCGCAUCGAGGCGUCCGCCUUUCAAGGGGCUCACAACCUCACCGACCUGCUUCUGUCCGAGAAUAGGCUGCGAGAAGUACACAACAAGAUGUUCUCCGGUUUGUCGAGCCUUAAAACGCUGAAUCUCCACGGUAAUACCAUUACGUGUGUUAUGCCGGGAUCGUUUGAAGGAAUGCCGCAUAUACGCGCUAUCAACAUGCAAAGUAAUCCGCUAUCAUGCAACUGCUAUCUUGCGUGGUUUGCCGGAUGGCUGAGGAAACGAGAUAUAGCUGGAAUCACUGGCCGGUGUCAUGAUCCGCCCCGAUUAAAGGAUGCCAUUAUUAAAGAUAUUCCACACCAUGAGUUUAAAUGCAACAACGACAGCGUGGGUUGCCUAGGCGACGAUUACUGCCCGCCUCAAUGUAAUUGCGCGGGCUCGGUGGUGAGAUGUUCGAGGUCUCAGCUUACAGAGAUUCCGCGCGGGAUUCCACCGGAAACCACCGAGCUGUAUUUGGACGUGAACGACAUCAAGACGAUCCAGCCGGAGAGGCUGAACCACCUGAGGAUUCUCACCAGACUGGAUCUGAGCAACAACCAGAUCGGAAUGCUGUCCAACGAUACCUUCAGGAAUCUCACGAAGCUGUCGCACCUGAUCAUCAGUUACAAUAAACUGCAAUGCGUGCAGCGAAAUGCCCUCGCGGGAUUGAAAAAUCUGCGAAUAAUUUCACUGCACGGCAACGAUAUAUCGAUUAUCCCAGAGGGAGCUUUCGAAGACCUCAAGUCUAUAACGCAUCUCGCCCUAGGGUCCAACCCGCUUUACUGCGACUGCAGCAUGCGAUGGUUGGCGGAAUGGGUGAAGAAAGAUUACGUUGAGCCUGGCAUAGCCAGGUGCAUGGAACCUCCUGCAAUGAGAGACAAAUUGCUUUUGACGACACCGGCUAGUGCCUUCCAAUGCAAAACCAAGCAACAGCCAGCCGAAGUCUUGGCCAAGUGCGACCUGUGUUACACCUCGCCAUGCGAAAAUGGAGGAUUUUGCGAGGCGCUUCCGGACCGGCAGUUCCAUUGCAAGUGCACGCCAGGAUAUCACGGGGACCGGUGUCAGCAUAAAAUUGACGCGUGCUAUGGAAAUCCUUGCAGGAACUCCGGAACUUGCAAAGUACUGGAGGAAGGAAGAUUCAGUUGCGACUGCGCCCCCGGGUACAAGGGACUUCGAUGUGAGAGCAACGUCGACGACUGUGCCAACAACAGGUGCGCUAAUAACGCGACCUGCGUCGACCUCGUACAGGCCUAUCGAUGCGACUGCGCCCCAGGAUUCAUGGGAGAAUACUGCGAGGAGAAGAUACCCUUUUGCACAAAGGGGCACGACCCCUGUGAGAACGGAGGCCGAUGCGUCGAUCAUAAGACCCACUACAGCUGCGAAUGCCCGAUCGGCUUCGCCGGCCUCAAUUGUUCCACAAACCUGGAUGACUGUGUCGAUCAUAUGUGCCAGAACGGUGCUACUUGCAUUGACGGCAUAAAUAAUUAUGAAUGUAAGUGCGCGGCGGAGUAUACAGGGAGAUACUGCGAGGCUGCACCCUCGACAGCCAUGCUGUAUCCACAGACCAGUCCGUGUGCCCACCACGACUGUCAGCACGGUGCCUGCUUCCAGCCAGCUCCUGCCUCCGCCGCGGACUAUCUUUGCCAGUGCCACCCCGGCUAUACCGGAAAACGAUGCGAGUACCUGACGAGUCUGAGCUUCGUGGACAAUAGCUCGCUGGUCGAGCUGGAACCGCUACGCACGAGGCCUGAGGCGAACGUGACCAUCAUAUUCACGACCACGCAGGAAAACGGGGUUCUUCUCUAUGACGGGCAAAGCGACGGGCAUAUCGCCGUCGAGCUCUUUAAUGGGCGGGUCAGGGUUUCGUAUGACGUGGGUAAUUAUCCUACCUCGACGAUGUACAGUUACGAGAUGGUGGCCGAUGGCAAGCCUCACAUGGCGGAGCUGUUAGCGAUCAAGAAAAAUUUCACAAUGAGCGUCGACCGGGGCCCUGCCAGGAGCAUCAUCAACGACGGUCCAAAGGAGUAUCUCAAGCUUGUCACGCCGAUGUUCAUCGGUGGCGUAGCGCCGGAAGUUGCUAAAAUCGCAUUUACUGAGUUUCACCUAAGAAACACUACGAGCUUCCAAGGCUGCAUCUCCGAGAUGUGGAUCAAUCAUAAGUUGGUAGACUUCAGCAAUGCCGCAAAGAUGCAUCGCGUUACUCCCGGAUGUGCUGCUAGCGAGGAGGAGGCCGACGAGGCGAGAGAUAUUGUUGCAGCCGAGGGAAUUAACAAUAGCGGUAGUAAUGAGGAAUCCAUGCCGCAAGAACAUAUACCUCGCGAACAUUCUGAUGUCAUCAUGCCGAUAACUGGAUUGGUGCCUUCACAUGCAUGUAUCGGACACGAGUGCAGAAAAGGAUCUCAAUGCAUACCAUUGCCGUUCGGCAACGGUUAUGCUUGCCGAUGUCAAACUGGCUGGCAAGGACGAUACUGCGAGAAAGCACCAACCUGUCGCAAGGAGCAUACAAGGGAGUACUAUAGCGAGAAUGGAUGUCGGAGUCGACGACCCGUGAAGCUUGCUAAAUGUUGGGGAAGUUCCUGCUGUUUACCGCGGAAGACUAAACGGCGCAAAGUGCGAUUAAUUUGCACGGACGGCAUGCGGUACACCAAGGACGUUGACCUGGUGCGUAAGUGCACAUGCACCCGCAAAUGUUACUAGCCAGUCGACGCAUCGCGGCCCGAGUCUCGUCGACGCGCGUCGAGACGUGAAACGAGACCGAGAAGAAACCCCCGGAUCCGUAGCAACGCUUCUCGUGCUUCCAUGCGGAGAUGACGAAGGGAGCGGCAGCGGGAUGGCGAGGACCGAGAAGCUACCACACGUGCCCUCGACAUCCCUACGCGACAUCCCUCCGCGAGACGCAAGGGAGUGCGUGACGAAGUGCAGGCCAAAACGAGAUGGACACACACAUAGCCGGCUCAGUGUGAUAUGUAUUAUUAAAGAGAAAAAGAGAGAGAGAGGGAGAGAAGAGAGAAAGUGAGAAAGAGAGAGAAAGAAAGAAGAAGCAAGAUUAUAUUGUACGUAUAUAUAGCUACGGACUCUAUCGAUAUCUCGAAGCAGUUAUAAACGUAUACUAGGUAUUAUUCGUAUAUAAUGACCCGAUAUAGUUAAUAUAAAGCGAACGAAGGGGGUGACGCAAGCGCGCGCGCGGACAAUGUGUCCGUAAUAUUUGCGAUCGCGGACCGCGCACGCGGGCGCUUGCGUGUUCGUAACAUCGCGCGUACGCACGAGUGCGUGCGAUUACGUCGUUGAUUUAGCGCGGAAUGGACCUAACUGGUAAUAGGGAAUUCGCGGCGGCGUGUAAACAGGCUUCCGUAAUCUUCUUAUAGGAUCUAUACGCAUCGCAUUUUGUUUAAUACAUUUUCCCCGAUGGCGAUUAUAAUCUCCUUUAAAGUUUGGUAGAUUUUAAAAAUGUACUAAUUAUUCUUUACAAUGAAAAAAAAACAAGUUAUUUGCAAAAUAUCUUUAAAAAGAGUUUUGCGAUCAAUA